UAUCAUAUUUUUCAUUAUGUGACAAGUAUUCGUUACAUACGCAGUUAAAUAUUUUUGUUCCGAGUUUUAAAAAUUUGAUUACAAGAAGUUUUCGAAGUGUUUUCGAAAAGUUUGAUUUGUAUAUGAGUGAAACAACAGUGUUAUUUAAUACAGUGGUUGUGGAUGAUCUGUUAAUGUCGCCAUAUAGUCGUUAUGGUGUUGGCGGUGGCGUUGGGGGUGCCGUUGUGACAGCACAAACACAUACACCCCCUCAUCGUGUUGUGAAUGGUGCUAGUAAUCCAUCACCAACUGUUGUGUUUAUCGAAAAAUCAACAUCGAUAUAUUCGACAACAAAUAAUAAUUCUAGUAGUGCAAAUUCAAAAAAGUUUAAUCAUAGUAAUAAUAAUAAUUCAACAUCGACUACUUCGUCGGUGGGCUGUCGUCCGACCAGUACCACAGCGGCACGUCGAUUUUUAAGGUGGAUCAGCAGAUUGGGCCAUCAAGGAAAACCAGGUGUGUGUUUUAAUAGAUGUUGUUAUAAUAUAGGGGUCCUGGACAUGACAGCUACGGAAAAUACGAUCCGCUUCAGCGGACAUACUCUGGACAAGGCAACCAAAGCUAAAGUCACUUUAGAAAAUUAUUAUAGCAAUCUCAUAGCUCAACAUAUCGAGCGGAAACAAAGGUUAGCAAAAUUAGAAGAAUCACUAAAAGAUGAAGGUUUAACGGAGGCACAAAAACAAGAGAAAAGACAACAGCAUGCACAAAAAGAAACAGAGUUCCUUAGAUUAAAAAGAUCUCGUUUAGGCGUUGAAGAUUUCGAACCGUUAAAAGUGAUUGGUCGUGGUGCAUUCGGUGAAGUUCGAUUGGUACAAAAAAAGGACACUGGUCAUGUAUAUGCAAUGAAAAUAUUACGUAAAGCUGACAUGUUAGAAAAAGAACAGGUGGCGCAUGUGCGCGCUGAACGUGAUGUAUUAGUGGAAGCGGAUCAUCAAUGGGUUGUUAAAAUGUAUUACAGUUUUCAAGAUCCAAUUAAUUUAUAUUUAAUUAUGGAAUUCUUACCUGGUGGUGAUAUGAUGACACUAUUAAUGAAAAAAGAUACGUUGUCAGAGGAAUGUACACAAUUUUAUAUUGCUGAAACUGCACUUGCAAUCGAUUCAAUACAUAAAUUAGGUUUCAUUCAUAGAGAUAUUAAACCGGAUAAUUUAUUAUUAGAUGCUAGAGGGCAUUUAAAAUUGUCUGAUUUUGGUCUAUGUACCGGUUUAAAGAAAUCACAUAGAACAGACUUUUAUAGAGAUUUAAGUCAGGCAAAACCUUCAGACUUUAGUAAGUAUUCAAAUUUAUUAACAUCUUCAAGUCCAAUGGAUAGCAAGCGAAGAGCAGAAAGUUGGAAGAAAAAUCGAAGAGCAUUAGCUUAUAGUACAGUAGGCACACCCGAUUAUAUUGCUCCUGAAGUAUUUUUACAGACAGGAUAUGGACCAGCAUGUGAUUGGUGGUCAUUAGGUGUAAUCAUGUAUGAAAUGUUAAUUGGAUACCCACCGUUUUGUAGUGAAAAUCCACAGGAUACAUAUAGAAAAGUAAUGAACUGGCGUGAAACGUUAACAUUUCCACCAGAAGUGCCAAUUUCGGAGGAAGCAAAAGAUACUAUUGUAAGAUUUUGUUGUGAAGCUGAACGACGAUUGGGUUCACAACGUGGUAUGGAUGAAUUAAAAUUAGCACCAUUCUUUCGGGGUGUUGAUUGGGAGCAUAUUCGAGAACGGCCAGCUGCCAUUCCUGUUGAAGUACGAUCUAUUGAUGAUACUUCGAACUUUGAUGAUUUCCCUGAUGUCAAACUUGAAAUUCCUGCAGCACCGCUUCCUCAAGAUGGUGAAGUGAUAUACAAGGACUGGGUAUUCAUAAAUUACACAUUUAAAAGAUUUGAGGGUUUAACGCAAAGAGGUACACCUACCAAAAAGUAGAAUGUGAUAUAAAAAUAAUUUUAAAAAAUUUAAAAGUAUAAAAUAGUGGCUAUCUAAAGUGCAUCGACAAAUAUAGCAAACCUGAUAAAGCCUUAGAAACUCUGGUGCCUGCGUCGUGUCUGUGCGUCGUAAGCGUACAGAGCUUUCAUAAUAAUUCAUUAAAGAAAAAAAAAAAUGCUUUUUCGGAUUCACGAACACAACAACACCAUCAAUCAACCAUACACUUUCUCACACACAAAUACACACAUAUUAUAUAGUAUUAAAAUUCACCAAAAAAGUCGGCCUCCUCGAUUCUAAACAAAAAAACAAACUACUUCCUUAACCUUAAAAAUACACAAAUGAAUUUAUUAU